AUGAAGUAUGCUCUUGAACUUGUUACACAGCUUUUUAGUGAUCGUUUGCGUGAAUAUCUACUUCAAGGUGAAGAUUAUGAGACGAAAAAGGAAAAAGCUGAAAGAAAAGAAUCAGAAAUGAGUAAAAGUAUUUCUGAAUUAAGAGUGCAAGUUAUUGAAUUACAAGGAGAAAAUGAAAAACUAAGAAGAAAUAAUGAUGAUUUGAAAUGUAAAAUAAUUAAUCUGCAAGAAGAUUUGAAAAUGGGAGAAGAUGUGCAAAAAGACUUCGUAAAACUUUCUCAAUCCCUUCAGAUUACCCUAGAAGGUAUACGUCAAGCAGAUACGCAAGUUCGUCGGCAAGAUGAUGAUGAUGUUGAAAAAUGCCCUAAUUGCUCUGUGACAUUCACAGUCACAUGUAGGAAACAACACUGUCGUCAUUGUGGCAAAAUAUUUUGUGAAAAGUGCUUAACAAAAGUAGUUCCUUCUGGACCGCGGCAAAAAAUGGCAAGGGUUUGCGACAUAUGUCAUACAGUGCUAACACCAAAUAUAGCGCCUUAUUUUAGUAAGAAGCCGCCGAAUUCUCCUUUGUAAACAUUUACGGUAAUUUAUUCAAAAAAAUUUUUAAGUUUCAAUUUUUCUUCGAUUUUGGAUAUAUGUACAAAGAUUAAGAAAGGAAAAUGAAAACAAAUGUUUUUAAUGUAUUAUUUUUAAUUAUUAAGGAUUAAAUAAAAUAAUAUUAUACAAUC